AUGGUACCGGCAGUUAUCCUUUCGGCGGGUUUAGCUGCUCUUUCAUGGAUUGCAGUUCGGAAACUGCUCCUGAAGGACUCGCGACAGAAGCGUGCACGGCGGAUACGCCGGCCUGCACCCUUGUUGUCAUCAGAACCUGACGAAAUCAGCUUGAUUGUGUAUAAUAUUCUUGCCGAUCAUUAUUGCACGCCAAAGCGAUAUCCGUACGUCCGCCCGGAGUGGCUUCAUUGGCCGCACCGUUGGGAGGCGCUGCAGGAACAGAUUAGAAGCUUCGGCUCGGAUCUUAUCUGCUUGCAAGAGGUGGAGCCCUCUCGAUGGAACCAGAUGCUAGCUAGUCCUGCGCUGACGGACUAUGCGGGCUUCUUACAGUUGGGCCUUGUGUGGCACGAGAGCCGCACCCGGGCCCUGCUGGCCGCUUUCACAUUCUGGGACGGCCUAGGGCAGCAGCAGCUGCUGUACGUGGCCAACAUGCACCUCGAGGGUUCACCGUACCGACCCAACGACCGCAUUAGUCAGACGCGAUCUGCGCUGCAACGGCUGGAGGCGCAUCAGCGCCAGUACGGCAUUGCACCCGAGGAUGCGGCCGUGGUGGUUUGCGGCGAUUUCAACUCCGGGCGGCACGAGACAGUGUGCCACUUCUUACACAGGGGUCGCUUGGAGGGCGGUACCACGGAGCCCCACAUGCCCAAGGUUGAAGUCACCAAAGCCAGCAUCUCCCAUCCCUACGCGCUCCACGAGGCCUACAGCAGCGGGGGACACGAGCUGCCCUUUACGAGAAAGGUCCCCCCCCUGGCCUCUACCCUGGACUUCAUCUGGGCAUCAUGUCAGUUGGAAGUUGCGGCUCUGUACUGGCCGGUGGAGUGCCGUCACGAGGGCCUUAUUGAGCAUCAGGCACUACCCAACCAGCACUACCCUUCGGACCAUUUGCCGAUUGGUGCCGUGCUACGGCUGAAGCAUUUCUACGUGCCACCGUAUGGCGACGCGCACCCGCCGCUGCCGCCGCCGUCAGGGGCCCAGCCCGAUGCGACUCAGGAAUACAGCAGUGGCCCAGAGUGCGACGCAUCGGAGCUGGGGCUGCGGCUGGGGCUGGGGCUGGCGGGACAUGGGGCAGCGGAGUCCAAUCUCGUGGCGCCGGGGCAAUCCAACCAAAACCGCCCCGGACCUGCGCGCCUGAACUAA